AUAAGAAGGAACAGAAAAUCAAAGAUGGAGAUAGAAAGGCAAAACAUGCCCGACCUGUCUCGAUGGCAUGCCUAGCGGUUAGAAUUGUGGCAAGCGCCACAGGAAAGAAAGGGAGAAAAGAGAGUCCUCGCCCACAUGUAAGGGUGCAUGCUAGCUUCACCUUCUCAUGCGAUUUUAGAAGAGAAAACAGGGUCCAUAAACUUAAAAAACUAGAGAACAAAGUUGUGGCUACUACAAGGAGGUUCCCUUCGGAUUCCGGUGCCUUUGCGGACUGGUCAGCGACGCCCUCCGCCACCGGCCGCGGCGAAGACCUCUCUCUCGGCUUCAAUGCUUCCUCCGCCGCCUCGCACGGCGGCGCAGUCAUGUGGCCAGGGGCGUCGAGGUCAUUCAAUCACAACCUUUCACCUCACCACGAUAUCUUCGUGGUGGCGCCCGCGUCGUCGUUCCACCACCACCACCACAACCACAACGACGCCGUUUUGUCCGAUCCAAACAACAACAAUUCCAACGCAACUGCACUCGGCGUCAACGUCUUCCCUCUCCUCACCGCCACGCCAUGCCUCACUCCCGAGAGCGAGGGCCUGAUGGGAAACAUCAAUAACCACCGUAACAGAAUUCAGCUGUGGCAACCACAGGAAUCACCACAACACCAACACCAACACCAACACGCCGACGGCGUGUUGGCGAGUAACCACCGUAACAGAAUUCAGUUAUGGCAAGAGCACGACGAGUCUCCGCCGCCACAGCAACAACACGCGCACGAGCGUGAGGCGAGUGGGAGCGGCGCGACAACGUGUCAGGACUGCGGGAACCAGGCGAAGAAGGAUUGUAGUCACAGGAGGUGCAGGACGUGCUGCAAGAGUAGGGGUUUCGAUUGCGCCACACACGUGAAGAGCACGUGGGUGCCUGCGGCGCGACGGAGAGAGCGCCAGCUCAUGGCGGUGACAGCAGCAGCAGUUGGGUCCAGUGGAUCCACUUCCGCCACCAAGAAACCUAGGCUCGUGCCUUCUCAGACCACAACCACUUCGCAUACUUCCACGUCCAAUAACGCCACCACUCCUCCUCGGAGUUUCGACACUGGUUCUAGCCACCAAGGACCCUGUGUUUAUGGUAUGAGUUAUUCUUGCCUGGAUGUCCUGGCCAUUAAGGGUUUGUUGAAUGAGUUGGGUGCAGAUGUGGGUUUGAGGGAGCCACUACCUUGCCAAGUGCGUGCACCAGCAGUGUUCAAGUGUGUUCGUGUGACUGCAGUGGAUGAUGGGGAUGAUGAGUAUGCCUAUCAAGCAGUGGUGAAAAUUGGUGGCCAUGUGUUCAAAGGGUUUCUCUAUGAUCAUGGGGUUGAGGAUAAAAGUGAGUUUCCCAAUCUAUCUGAAUUGCAUUUGGGUGGUGGUGGAAAUGUUGCAAAUGGAAAUGAUGGGAUUGUAAGAAAUGGGGUUUCAUCUUCAUCUCCAAUGGUGGAUCCUUCUGAUGUCUAUGCAGCUUCUGGUGGAGGGUUACUUGGAGGUUCAUCAAACUAUGGAAGUAUAUAUUAUUCUUUACCAA